UCAACUCAACCCUUCUCCCUCUCAUUCAUUCAAUUCAUUCAACUAGCCUUUUUUACGUCCCAUCACCCAAUUUCUCUCUCUCUCUCUCUCUUAACUCCAAAUAAAUUAAACCCUCGUCUUCUCUUCUUCCCUCUCCUCCUCAACAAAAACCGAAACACCACUUCAUCAGAUUCCCAAAAAACAUAUAACCUAUUUCACCAAUCCAACAGGGUGGUUGUGAUUUUUGUUGUUGUUGUUGUUAGUGAUCAUCAUGGACGCUGCAUCAGGGGCAGCGCCUGCGGCGGUGGCGGCUCCCCAAUCAGAGGGAUCACCGGCUGCGCCGAGCCGCUACGAGUCGCAGAAGCGACGCGACUGGAACACGUUCUUGCAGUACCUGAGGAACCACAAGCCACCAUUGACGCUGGCGCGGUGCAGUGGCGCGCACGUGAUCGAGUUUUUGAAGUACCUCGACCAGUUCGGGAAGACUAAGGUACACAUCUUGGGGUGCCCGUAUUUCGGACACCCCAACCCACCUGCCCCUUGUGCCUGUCCUCUUAAACAGGCUUGGGGCAGUCUGGACGCCCUAAUUGGACGACUCAGGGCGGCCUUCGAAGAAAAUGGAGGCCGUCCUGAGUCCAAUCCAUUUGCAACUAGGGCUGUCCGAAUUUACCUCAGAGAGAUAAGAGAAGGUCAGGCCAAGGCAAGAGGAAUCCCCUACGAGAAGAAGAAACGCAAGAGAACUAUUGUCACCACUACUGUCACCGCCGCAGCCACCGUUAUGUCUACCAUAACGGGUAGUACUCCUAAUAAUACUAUUACAAACGGUGCUGGUAGUAGCACUGGUAACACUACUAACGGAGCUGGUGUUAGUGAACCUUCUGCUGCUGCUACUGCUACACCUAAUGUUACUACUGCUGCUGCCGUAUAGUAUAAUUUUAAUAAUUUUGAUCAUUUUUUCCUAUUUUCUGCUACUAUCUACUAUCUAUCUUUAUUUUUAAGGAAAUUAAUUGUGGUUAUGGCUUAUGUAUAUAUAGUUAAUUACUUAGUUAUGACAAUUUAUCUGAGUUUUUUAAUUUAAAAAUUGAACCCCUAUCAACGAUUUAUCAGAAUCACAGAGAUUAUUUUUUUGGUUUAGCUAGUCUCAUGCUACCUGAUUCUGUUACUUGAAGUGGUGUUUCAUUACUAGGUUUCUCUUGUA